UGCCAACCGCUAUAUAAAGAAGAAGAAGAAGACAGCCCGAGUUACCGGAAGCCGAUAGGAAACUCAUUACGAUGUGUGUGUCGUAUAGUUUCCACCUAUUUUUACUAAUUGCUAUAUGUUUUCUAGAAAUGUCCGGUACCAGCGACGGUAAUUUUAUGUACUUUGCGUUUGGAAGCAACUUAUUGAAGGAAAGACUGCAGCUAAAGAAUCCAUCGGCUACUUUCGUCUCUACAGGUCGACUAAAGGACUACAAGCUGAACUUUGGCCUGUGGGAGGAGCAUGUGGAAAACUCGUGGCACGGCGGAGUGGCCACCAUCGAGUCCUGUCAGGGCGAUGAGGUGUGGGGUGUAGUCUGGACUUUGAGCAACGAAAACCUCCCAACCUUGGACAAACAGGAAGGUGUGAGCCAUGGAGAGUACUCCCCGCUGGAGGUCUCUGUUGAGACGGAUGAGGGCGUGAUCCAAUGCAGGACGUACCAGAUGAACAAUUUUCACGCCAGUCCUCCGUCUCCGCAGUACAAACAGGUGGUGUGCCUGGGAGCAGAGCAGAACGGACUUCCAAAGGAAUACCUGAAGAGGCUGGAGGCCAUUCAGACCAACAACUACUCUGGCCCCUCAAUCCUGGAUCAAAUUAGAGCCGUUACGCAGCUACCUGGAAUUCAGUGAACAAAAACACAUUAAUGAGGUUUUUAGAACAUUUAAGCCUCAUCAUCCAUUUAGGCUUUCAACUGGCUACUGUAUUCCUUUUAUUGUGUUAGGUGGAAUAGUAGUUACAUCUAGACCUGAAGGUUAAUCUGUGUUUUAAUAGUUGAUUAGAUUUACCUCCUGCUGUCAUAAUAUUGUAAGCAUCCAAUCACAAGAUAGUUGGUGUGGCCCAGCAUACAGCCUGAUGAAUAGUAAAGUUAAACACAUUUAAUUGACAAGAGUCUUAUUACACUGCCAAUAACACAUGACUUCUGCAAAUACUCUAACAUGAACAUAUUUUAUUAAAUAAACAAAAGUGAAUCAUUUGUUUAAAAAGAAACCACUUUAUUUUUCUUA